AUGAUCUCAGAAUCGAAUGUUUUUAUUUGCAUCUUUAUUUUGGUAUUGCAACAAGUCGCCGCUCAAAUCGGCACCGGAGCCGAGUUCGGCCCUGUGAUCGGCAUCGGAGCACAAAGCCAAGAUGGUUUCCAAGUGCUAGGGAUUGGAAAUGGUGUUGGUUUACUAUGUCAGGAUUCAACUACCACUUGCAAAAUCUGGACUCAAAAUGGUUUCUGCUCGAACACAGCCUAUACCAGCGCACAGAAGUAUCAGUACUGUGCGAGAAGCUGUAAUUUGUGUCAAUAUUCACCGAAUUUCCCGUCAAUCACAUGUACGGAUUCGAAUUAUAUGUGCUCUCAAUGGGCUCAAAAUGGAUUCUGCUCAAACACUGUCUACACAAAUGACCAAAAGCGACAAUACUGUGCUCGCUCCUGCAACUUGUGCUAUUAU